AGUGGUCUAUGUGGUAAAGCGACGACAGGUCUGUUUCCGCCAUGGAGACGCAGGAAGAAGGACAAUAUCAACCUCAAAUUGCCCCAAAACGGAGAAAAUCUCGAAAAGUCGCGGAGAAGGCAAGACGAUCGAUUCAGUGCGUUGUCGGAUUGUUUGCUUCUUGAAAUCCUCUCUCGUUUACCUUCCACAAAAGAGGCCAUUAGAACAGGUGCAAUCUCCAAGCGAUGGAAACCUCUUUGGACUUUGGUACCUACUCUAAUUUUCAAACAUGAUUUUAGUCACCUGUGGUUCGAUUUCGUGUUGUGCGUCGACAAAACCCUAACUCAAUGUCGCAAAUUAAAGCUUAAAAAAUUCGUUUACACCAGUUAUUAAAGUAGAGUUGUUGGAUUUGAACAGCAAAUCAACAAUUGGAUUCGUUUUGCUCUGAGAUGUAAUGUUGAAGAUCUUAAUAUAAGGUUACCUGGUUUGGAAGCGAAGUUUUUGUUAGAUCAAAUUUUUUUCAUCAACACAUGUUUUACUGAUCUGAAAUUACAAGGCUGUAUAGUCAAUCCGAUCGGGGCAAUUAGUUGGAAAAAUCUUAGGAGUUUGUGUAUAUACAGUGGGAAAUUAGAUGAAGAUGUGAUUGAAAACAUAUUAUCCGGUAGUCCUCUAUUGGAAACUUUGGUAUUGCAGCUUUGCUGUGGUUUUAGGCGAAUCGAUAUUACUUCAAAGAGCGUUAAGAAGUUCGUGUUCUCUGGAUACAUUGUUUUUGAUAAUCCAUUGGGUGCCCAUAUUAUCAAAAUUAAUGCUCCUAAUAUUUUAUCACUGACAAUCCAAGGUAACCUGUUUUUGUGGAAGCUUUUGUUGGUAAAUGUGUCUUCUUUAGUCGAAGUUAACUUAGAUUAUAACAAGGCCGGGAAUGGGGGGCUAGUACAUCAAGAAACGGAAGAAGAGAUGCUUAAAGGAUUUAUACUAAAAUUUCGCCAUGUCAAGGAGCUUAAAAUUGGAAGUUUCUGUUCAGAGGUUCUUUCUCGUUUGCAAACUAAAGGUUUCAUUUUCCCACCAAAUAUGAAGCUUCCAGCUGUUACUCAUAACUGUCAAUAUUAAGGUUAUUCUGUUAGAUGGAGGUGCUCUUGCAUGAUCAUGGUCCUAAAGGUGAUGAGGUUAAGUGAUUGAUGAUGCUUUGAGUUCAUGUUUAUGCAGUUUAGUUAUUGUGAACUGUUUUCAUUUUAUUUUCCUGUUUCAUUUUGUAAAGUUUACUUGGAUACCCUUCAAAAUAGUGAUCAUUUGACCUUUUGGUGUAUGCUUUCUUUAUUUAGCCAAUGCAUUGUUAUUACCCCAAUGCAUUUAUUGUAGUUUAAUGGCUUGCACUACUGGAAAACAGGCUAUACAGUACACCCACAUCUAAUACGGUUGUAAAUAAAAACCGUAUUAGAAAGGGCUAAAUAAAUAUAAUACGCCCAAUUACAACAUCUAAUACGGUUAAUGAGUUGUACUAGAAACAAGAUCAAAUACCUAAAUAAAAUACGCCUCAUUUUGAAAUAAAGUACGGCUCAAUACCUAAAUUGAAUACGCUGAACAAGUACUCAGCUUCCUCCUCCCACACUUCUCCUCCCAACCGAACACCUUAACACCACCCUUCCUCCAUCUCUACACCACUAAUCGGUCCUUCAUCUCUAUCUCCCCUGUCACAACACCAUCAUCACCGGCCUCGCACCUCCAAUAAUUCAACCAACCCACCACCGGACCAUCAUCAUCAUACGGCAAGAGCUUUGAUUUCUGUUUUUGCAACAGACAAACACAUGCGAUACAAAGGAACUACAACUAUUUCACGAUGGAUAAGGGAGCGUCUGUGAUCGAGAUGCAAAAUCAAAUGGUACAUCAAAUAAGGAUUAGAGAAUUAAAAAGGACAAUAUGGUCAUUUUGGCAUAUCUUCCUUUGAGGAUUCCGGAUCAACAGUCUCAAAAAAUUCUUAUAGUAAUUUUGAGUCAUGGAGUAGUUCAGCAUCACCAUUUGUUACUUAAUCAGGGGUAAAUAUGUCAUUACAUACUAGAUCUUUCAUAUAAAUAAAUGUUGUUUGGAUAUAGUCAUUUUACUUUUGGUCAUGUUGGUUACUAUUGAUGGUGGAAUUUGGAUACAUAUCAACAUUUAUUACAACUUUUGCAUGUUGUAUUUUGCAUCAAGAUUAAUGUGAAUUAUGUGACACUGUUAUGAACUCAAAUUCCCUCAAGAUAAAAAUAACACCACAAACUAUUGGGAUAGCAAUUCUUCCGGGAUUAAUGAACGAAAACAAACAGAUUAGAAGAGAAUGAUAAAAAAGAACGAAAUAGUGAAAGCAAUUCGAUGGAAUCAGUCUUUGGUAAUGAUGGAAUCAGGGAAGAAAUGGAAUGGAAUAACUCAUUCCAUUACCUUCUCCAUUCCAUCCUCCAAAAAAAUAAAUCUUGACAUGAGCUGAAAUUUCAGAUUGUGAUGUCAGUGAGCUCCCUUGGUCCUAGAUUACCAACACAUCACAAUGCAGAUAGUUACUUGUGUAAUAAAGUAACAAAGAAUUUUAUUAACUAGUAACAAAGUUUCACAAUUGUUCCAUUAUUGUGAAUUUUUUGUUGUAGUGAUUAUAGGAUCUAUGUCUUCUUGGCCUUUAUUGACAUUAUUUUAACUGAAUAGGAAGUGGAAAAAAAGAAAGUAUUUGAUCUUCAAGAUUACCUCUUCCAAAAUUCUUGCUUUCAGGAUCCAUUGAGCAGUGUCAUGUAUGAGGACAUACCAUUAUCACCUGAGAAUUGAUAGUAAGAAUCAUAAAUAGUCUUCAAUAUGAAAUUCAAGAACCAAUAUGCAGACCAUUGAAAAAGCAAAAAUUAUGAGGCAUUAUCUUUUGGCAUUCAUAGUUUCAUGCAGUAUGUACAUAUCAAUGCAUUAAUUCUUCAGUGACUAUUGCAGAAACUAAAUAUAUUAUUAUCAAUAUUUUAUGCAUAAUUUUCUUGGAUCUGUAAUUAUGUAGCUAAGUUAACAAUGCUAGUAAGUCACACAUGGCUAAAUAUAAUAGGGCAUGAAUUGAUUACAAGAUAUAUUCAUAUGUUGGCCCCACUAUAAAGAAACUUUACAAGCCAAGCUUCUUAAAUUGCUUAGAUUGGUGUGUCAUUCUGUCAACCAGCUACUUGUAAAUCAAAAGACUAGACAUGUAAAGUAUCACUACUGGAAAAUUGGCUAUAAAGCACACCCUCAUCUAAUACGGUUGUAAAAAAACCCGUAUUAUAAAGGGAUAAAUAAAUAUAAUACAUACAAUUGCAGCAUCUAAUACAGUUAAUUGCAACAUUUAAUACGGUUAAUGAGACGUACUAGAAACAAAAUCAAAUAACUAAAAAUACCCCCCCAUUUUGAUUAAGUACGGCUAAUACCUAAAUUGAAUACGCCUCCUCCUCCUCACAUACUUAGCUUCCUCUUCCCCACACUAAUCGGUCCUUCAUCUCCAUCUCCCCUGUCGCAACAUCAUCAUCAUCGGCCAACCUCGCCUCGCCUAGCACCUCCAAUAAUUCAACCAACCUGAAAAUCCCACCACUGGACCUGCGGUUCAAAUUUAAAGG